GUCGAAAGACUAGCGAAAGCUGUUAGCUUAAUUCGCAAAUCCUUGACGUGCAGCGUAUGCUUUUUCAUCGCAUAAUUUCAACAUUUUCGUCGACAUUAAAUCGUGUCCUUAUUUAUCGAGCUAAUCGCCUCUUUCGUGAGUGCACCUACCCGCCCGGGUUAACCGACCUUAGAGACAUCCCUCCUUUCUGGGCUGAAUCUCAUCAAUCGUGGAUUCGGAGAAUCCGUGAAGACUCGCAGUCGCGACCACGUGUGAAGACAUGGCUCAAGACACGCGUCCGUUGUAGCUUCUCGUUGCUUUUUCCCGUAAAACGUAUUUUCAUUUGCGGACCUAAAUUUCACCCCGUACAUCGCAAAAUUUCUUGGAUUAGGAAGGUUUUCAGCAAAGAAGGAAGAUAGCAGAACAUCCAAAAUCGUCCGGAUCAUCGUUAUUUAACUAAGUUGUAGAGCCGCCUAAGGCGAAACAAUUCAAAGCAAAACAAACGUUCACAUCUUAGCCUUGAUGUUUGUUCAAAUCCUUACACAACACGUUGUGGCCAUCCAUUUUGUCAACAAUGCAUAGCAACAGUAAUGGAGAAGCGGGGUGCUCAAUGCCCAAUGUGCAAUGGAAGCUUAAACCGAAGAACGGUUCACCGAAACUUUCCCUUUGCAAAUAUGAUCACCUGUUUCCAUAAGAUCGAAGAAGCUAUUAAAGCUGACAUUCAUAUCGACAUUGCAGCAUAUCAAGUUCACCCUCAGAGCAAAGAAGCUUCAGGAGAAAAUGCUUACAAUCCCUUCCCAAAAAUGUAUUCGCCAGCUCUUGGAUCAUCUAAGCGGAAUCAGAUUAUUCCACGCAUCAUUUCGGAAACAAAACUAAGCUCUCGAAAUAGUAUAUUGAAUUAUGUAAAUUUUGAAGAAGAGCCCCAGUCAUCUUCAGGUAUCAACCAAAGUCACAAAGCACUUGACCAGAAGACCGAUAUUCCAGACUAUUUAAUUAAAAAAGCUAUGGACGCACCUGUGAAAAACAUUUCGAAGAGCCCGAACGCUCGUUUCAAUCAGAAUAACUCAGCACAAAAAACCUCGAAAACAAAAUUAGAUGGAAAAGUGAAGUCAGAACGAUCCCUAAAAACAAGAAAAAUGCCAGAAAAGAUUCAAAAUGACAAGAAAUUAACUUUCAAACAAGUGCAUCAAAGAUUACGUGAUCGUGAGAAAAGUAUUGCAAGCACCUCGGUAGAUUCAGAAAAAAAGGCUAAAGAUCCUUUUUGUGAUUCCGAAACUGAAAAAAUAACGCAUGUUAAAGCCUCUACUGAGGUAGCCAAAAAGACUUGGUCUCGGGUUAAAAAAUUUGGGAAAGAAAUGCGGCCUUUGAAGAAGAAAUCGUUGAACGUGAGCAUCGAAAGCAAAUCUCACAGUACGGCAAAACCCACCAGUAAAAAAAAAUUUUCCACGGAAAUUGGCGAUUCCCAAGACAUUUUCGCUACUGUUCUAGAAAAGAAUCCUUUAAAUCUAAACCAUUCUUUUUCAGAAGCAAAAGAUGGGGAAGAUCUAAUUUCUCGACUCAGCAGCAAAGAAGUAAACGACAUAAUUGGUGUCGUGUCUGAAGAAGAUUCUGAAACUGACAGCUUUACACCACAAGACAUAAUUGAUAAUAAAUCUCCUGAAAAAUGUGGAUCGAUGACGGAUUAUUUCAAGGGAUGUCGGAAUAUGAGUUCUCAGGCGCAAAUAAUUAUGAACGAUAAAGCACCACAGAAGGAUGAAAAGUCAACUCCUGAGCAAAUCAUUGAAGACACUAAUCCGGAAGAUGAACAAAACGAGAAUCUACUCACAUGUAAACGAAGUCAGAUGCUAGUUACGCAGAGUUCCGAUGAAACGAAGUCAUAUAAAAUUUCGCCAGAAGUUCCUAAAAUGAUUCUUACCGCGGUUGAGAUUCCUCCAACUAACAAAUUUCCUGAGGAACAAAUAGAUUCAACACUUCUAGUAGAGCAAAUGGAUCUUACACUUCCAGUGAGUAGUGUUCAAUCCGAUAAAAAAAAUAAUAAAAGCAAUUAUCUGCGUGAAGAAAACAGUCAGAACUUUAAAGAUGUCGAAGCUAUUUCUCAGACCAAUUCACUAAGCAAAAAUGCAACCAAAAAUGCUGCAAGAAAAGUAUCAAACUUGUCCUCGAAAAUAAUUUAUGAUAAAAAUGCUAAAUCAUUUUCUGCGGAAAAUAAUGCGGAUAGUUGUAAACUUUCAUUAACGAAGGUGGCCAAGACUUUCGUUCCGUUUAAAAAACUGGGUAGAAUUUGUCUUAAAAAGCACCGUCGCAUUCCUUUUUAUUAUCUUGGUAGGUUAAGCAAUAAGCACAAUUACAUAGAGAAAAGUAACGUUACGAUGUUAUCACCAACUAAGUCAGAAACAAAACAUAUAAAGCGGAAUUUCUCAUUUACGAAUUUAUCCGAUUCUGGUUUCAGCAGAACAAGAGGGAAUUUGACUCCAGAGAAUCAAAAGAUAAAUAAAAUCGUGCAAGGCUUAGAGCGAACUUCUUCAGGUACAGUAGUUUUAUUGUCACCUCAAAAUGAUUCACAGUUAAAACAUCUAUCCAUUGGUUCACCGCACAAAGAGAGGGAGCUUUCUGUUCUAAAAACUUCAAUUAUUAGUAAAAAAGAUCAUUUUAAAUGUUCUUCUAAUAUCUUAGAGAGACAGAAAGGAUUUACGACUCCUGGUGCAAAAAAGAAUAUGGCCAAAAAAUCUGAGACGUUGUUACAAGAAUGUGAGGAAUUAGACAAGGAAGAGGAAUUGAUUGCAGAGAAAGAACUGAUGAUUGCAGAAAAAGGGGAACUGAUUGCAGAGAAAAAAGUUCAACAUCCAGACUACAAAAAACUUUUUUUAGAUGGCUCUGAUUUUGACAUAGAUACUGACAAGUUUCACGAAUUUGCAGAUGAAGCUGAAUUUGCAGCUAACAAGCUAUCUGGUGAGGAAGAUCCGGGGAAAAGAAAACAAGAAGAACCGAAACUUCUACAGGAUACUGACAGUGAAUCAAUCAUCCCAUCUUCACUUGAUAGACCUCCAAAGAAGCUUAAAUUAACAUCUGAAAAUGUGAUGAAACCUACUUUCUUUCAUAGACCCGACACUACAGAGAGCCUUCAACAACGUUUUGCGAAUCACGAAAUUUCACAGCGAAGUACGAAUAGUAAUCAAAAUGUUGAAUCUCUGGACAUUGCAGAUCGCUUUUUUGAAGAUGUGAUUGAGAAGUCUAAACGUAUUCGGGCUAAUACUUCAGUAGAUAAUGUUGUGGUUAACAUUGAGCCCAGCCCAACGGAAAUCAAAAUGACAGAACAUCAAGAAAUUAACUUCUUUAAAACAAAAACAAACGAAUUGGAUAAAAAUAUUGAAAAAGCCAGUAAUUCUAUAAAAAAUACUGAAACUCUUAACAAGUCAGAAAUUACGUCGGAGUUACUUAAAGAAAAUGAAGAAAUGCAAAUAGAUCCAUUCAGUAUUUACUAUUCGCUGCACGUCAACGCCCACUGCCAUAAUAAUGAGAUGCAAAAUUUAGGAUCUGACAAAGAAAAUACAUUGCAAUAUCCGAAUGAAAUUGAGUCGUCUCAACUCUGUACGCACAAUGUUGAACCUACUCAGGCUCUUUUAACGAGUUUCGUGAGAAUUGAUGAAAAUUUGGAAAUAAAGGAAACAAAUUUACAAGAUUCAGGCGAUAUCACUGAAGUUUGCAGAAGUCCUACAUUGGAGAAAUAUUGUACGACAGAUAGGAAGAAUCGGAAUGAGGAAAUGUUGAAUGCUUCCAAGAAUAAAAUAAUUGCUACUUUACCGGAUUCUUUAAUGAAUAUUACAGAAGAGCAGUUACUGCUUAACGAGUUCGAGAAAGAACUUUUUGGAGGAGCGAAUAAGGCUUGUGAGGACCCGAGGAGUGAAAAUGAUUUAGUCGCCGAGACACUAAACGAUUAUGAUCAUUUGGACAUAAUAGAAAACACACCAAAGGACAAUAAAAACAUGGAUGAAAAAAAACUGUUAGACAAAGACUGUUUUGAAUUUUCUCCAAUACCUUCAGUCGGUUUAAGUCAAGAUAAAAUAGUAAGAGGACCUUUUAUACAACCAUCAAUUAAAAGAAAAUCAUAUCCUAUUUACCACAGUACACCAAAAAUUCCGAGAACUAUAUCUCCCAAAUGUGCAACUUCCUUGAUCUCAGAUAUUUUACUAUCAUCUGUACCAAAGCCGGGCCUCUUACUCCAAGAAAAAAUGGAAGAAAAUUCAGUGAUGUUAAUACCAAAAUUGACCUUCGUUUGUAGCGGCUUGUCAAUGUCUCAAAUUGAUUCUGUGAAACAAUUGGCAAAACUAGUCAAAGCAGAUUUCACGAGUUCAUUCAAUCCCAACGUCACACACGUAAUUGUUAAAGUCACUGGACCGAAAAAUGCAGCAGAAAAGACUUUAAAAUUCGUCCAAGGUAUUGCACACAGAAAAUGGAUAGUUAGCGUAAAAUGGGCUUUGGAUAGUUUGCAAGAAUCAAAGUUAUUAAGUGAAGAAAAGUACGAGGCUGUUGAUAAUUUAACUUUAGAGGAAGGUCCAAAAAAAUCGAGAUUAAGAAGGAGGGGUAUUUUCGAGGAUUUUCUUUGCAUGUGCAAAGGUCCCUUCAACAAUGUUUCAAUCGAAGAAUAUUGGGAUUUACUCAUUCACACUGGAGCAACACUCGUAGAUACAAUGGAUGCUCUUACUGCCGAAAAGAAGAAACUAAAAAUUCUUGUAGUGCAAGGGGAUCACUGGGAUGACAAAACAAUCAAGGAGUGGUUUAAAAAAACCGAAGCGGUUCCAAUCGCACACGAGUGGAUAGUAGAAUGUAUUAGUCAGUACAAAUUGGUUUCUAUAUUCGACUAUCUUCAAGCAAUUAUGCCACAAGACGUUUCAGCCGUUGGUUUUCCUGAAGAGCUGCUCCUGGAUGAGGAAUAUGAAUCCGACUGUGAAUAUGAAGACUAAUUAAACGCUAUUACUAAAAAUACCUGAUUCUAGAUAUAAUAUAAGUUCUGACUUCUGACAUUUUCAUUCUGCAUAUAUGUAUGUAUAUGGUCCGAUAAAGUAUUUA